AUGAUCUGGUCUGUCAGCGGCGGCCAGGUUGCCAGCAAAGUGAGUGAGCAGCUACGAAACAAAUUCAUCAAGCUAAUAUUCAGUAAGCGCACACUGUGGCCAUACCAGAGACCUCCUGAUACUGAGUGCUUAAUGGAUCAAAGGGAACCCCGAACCAUUGACGCUAAUGUUCCUUGGUCUUCAACAUGGUUCUCAAGUAGUGAACUCAAUACAACCAACCUUCGAUGCAUCUGCCACGAUGACCAGUCGGAUGGAAGCAGAACAGUGGACUUCGCCAUCAAGGAGUUUAUGCUACUGCAGCCGGAUUUCUCAUCCAGGAUGCUUUGA